GGGAAGCAACUAAGGGUCCUAGGCCCUUUUCCAUGUGGGAAAGUGGGGUGGGCCAGGACGCUGAAGUCUUUUCGGGGAGGGCCCCUGUGGGCACCAGACAGCAGGGACUCAUGACAAACCUACCCCUCAUGACACAGGGUGUCGUCCCAUACCUUGGCACUUUCCUCUCCGACCUGGUGGUGCUGGAUACAGCAAUGGAGGACUACCUGCAGGGCAAUGAGAUCAACCACCGCAAAAAGAAUAAGGAAUACCGAGUCCUCACGGACAUCAUGCUGCUCCAGGCGGCGGCAGAGAAUUACUGCCUAGAGCCCCAGCAUCCAUUCACGGCCUGGUUCUGGGCUGUGGAGAGGCUCAGCGAGGAUGACAGCUACAACCUGUCAUGCCAGCUGGAGCCGCGGUCCUAGCUGGCCAGCAGAACACAAGCACCAGGACCACUGGCUACAGCCACCACCAGACCUGAACCCGUGCACACUGGCUGAGCCAAGGAUUGCCCCUCGGCCCCUGGGCUACUUGUGGUGCACGAGCCCCAUCCGCUGCUCAACACCCCUUCCUCUCCCCUACAGAAUUACUUGUUCUGGAGGGGGCAAUAUUGAAUAUAAUUAAAGGGCUGUUAUUUAACCACAACAACAGCAACAACAACAACAAAAAGGAAUGAGAACCCUUGGGAUUAAAGUUUUCUUACCAAAAUAAUAAUAGU